AUGGAGGACGUCCCCCUCGAGUCGAGCCAACUUUCCGGGAAGGUCGUCCUGCUCCAUGGCGACCUCGAGCUGUGGAUACGCGAGGCCCGCAGCCUCCCCAACAUGGACGCCUUCUCCGAGAACCUGCGGCGGUGCUUCGCCCCCUGCCGAGCUCCGUUCGAGCGGCGCCGCCCAAAGGAGGAAGCCAGACCCCCCUCCCACGAUCGGCGCGACCGCCAUCAUAAUAUCAUCACCAGCGACCCCUACGUCACCGUCGUGGUCGCCGGCGCCACCGUGGCUCGCACCCGCGUCAUAUCCAACGCCCAGUUCCCCGUCUGGGAGGAGCACUUCGUCGUACCCCUGGCCCACAGCGCCGAAGCUAUCGGCUUUACAGUGAAGGAUAACGACGUCUUCGGCGCCCAGAUUAUAGGCACUGUCAGUAUUCCGGCGAGCAGGAUCGCUUCGGGGGAGCUCAUCGAGGACUGGUUCUCCGUGCUUGGUCCCUCCGGCAGCCCGCCCAAGCCGGACACGGCACUUAAACUUUCUCUGCGGUUCACGCCCGUGGAUCUCAAUCCCUCCUACAGGGAUGGCAAUUGCAAUGGGGUCCAGGGCACCUACUUCCCUAUGAGGAAUGGAGGAGCGGUGAAGCUCUACCAGGAUGCCCACGUCAAGGAUGGCGAACUCCCGGACAUCGAAUUGGAGAAUGGGAAGAUGUUUGAGCAUGGCAAGUGCUGGGAGGACAUCUGCCAUGCCAUACUGGAAGCUCAUCAUCUGAUUUAUCUGGUGGGUUGGUCAAUCAAUCACAAGGUGAAGCUUGUGAGGGAACCCACAAGAACAUUGCCAAAUGCCGGGCAGCUGACGCUGGGAGAGCUGCUCAAGUAUAAGUCGCAGGAGGGUGUCCGGGUGUGCUUGUUGAUCUGGGACGAUAGCACUUCUCACGACAAAUUCUUUAUCAAAACGGUAAGUGGCCUUUGUAACGUUUGGCCCUGUAAAACUCAAGGAACCCUCCUCGAAGACUGAACGAAAACAGUCUCUUGUUAGUUCUGUGCCUCUAUUUCCUUGAAGUUUGUUUCCUGUUUUGGGUGCGCUGCUGCCGUAGCUCUCCACAGUUGCAUAUUUUAUUUCCUUUUCACCCUCGGACAGAUUAACUGACCUCCUGAGUUUUGAAGCACGAUAAGGCAACCUGUGAUCAUUGUCUGAUGAAACCUGUGAGUUGCAUAUAUUAAUCUUUGAGAACUUGGUAAUCCUCCAGAGUUAAGAAUCAUCAAUCUGACUGAUUUGAGGGGUUUUGUGUUUAUGCGCUAUGUUAGCAACCUGUUUGAUGCUCCUCACUUGGAAAAAUAACUCACUUCCCGAUGAUUAACCAUAAUUGAUACUGUCAGAUGUUCCAUCUAACAACGAAGCCCAUCUUCAUCAUGACGGUGAAGAGAAAUCCCAGUUCAUCCCAUCAUUGAUUUUUUUUUCUAAGAAGGGCAUCGAUGCUCCAUUUUAGCAUGUCUACUCAUUUGACAAGUUUGUCAACCAUCUAAUUUCCCUAACUAGAUUAGUACAAUUUUAGUUAAUGUAGUUUAAUUUAAAUAUUUCUUUAUCAUCGCUGUGGUCAAUCUUCAUAUUGGUAUCUCGCUUAGGAUUUGUUGGAGAUCCCAAAGUGGAUGGGUAAAUUUCUUCUAUCUCACAGAGUGAAGAAAUAAGAUGCGACAGAAGGAGAGAAAUGCAGGGAGGCUAUGAUUAUAUGCCAUUUCAUGGCCUCGGCAAGCUAGCUGCUUACUAAGAUUUUUGUGCGAGAUUGACGACAGCAGAACAAUUAGUUAAUUCUGGGCACAAGAAUGAUAUUUCAUACCCAAUAUUACCAUCUUGUUAUCUAAAUGAGAGGAGGCGUUAUAACUCUUGUGCCACAUCACAGUGUUUGCGCAGGGGUUUUACUACCUUGCAAAAUAGCUUAAUGUUCAAGGGUCUUAGACUACUGUUGUGUGCGAAUCGUCAAUCGGAGAUAGCGCUAGUCCGUAUUAUUAACCAAUCUUUGUGAAAAGUGGUGAUUUCUUUGCUUGCUUUUCAAUGUUGAUAUCCACUCUUGAUUCGUGGGCAUUUAUAUUUGCUUUCCUUGUGAACGUUAAGUAUCCUCUAGGCUUUGUUUUUGUUGGCUAAAGACUUGAUGAUUUCAACUUCUCAUUAUUUGUUCAUUACCGUUGUCAGUGUCUAUUGAAAGACCACCUUAUGCUUCAAGAAUAUUGAAAGGUUUGAUUAAAUUUAUUUUUUCUUGUCAAAUGUUUUUUAGAAGCCUGGAAAUCAGGUGUAAGCCAGGUCAAAUUGAAAAUCCAUGAGGCUUAAAAAGAGUUUUCUUCUCUUGCAAAUGUCGCUAAAUUCUGAUGAUUCUUUUGUAAAAUUUUCGGACUUGAUAGAGUGAAUUGAAUUUAUUCUGUCCGAAUCAUCAGUAGACGCAAAAGCUUUGUGAUCCAAGGAAAAAUCUACCCGAACCCUUCCUCAAUGAAUGUGCCUUGGCAUUUUGUUGUUUGAUAUAAACCUUAGAAUUUUAGCACAUAUUGCAAGCUUGAAAAAAAUUCAUAUCUAAUAAUCCCAAGGCAGCUUAUUAUUUUCUGGUAGCGUAAUUUGAAUGCUCAAUUCUUUAUUUUUUCUCGACAUACGGAGUGAUAUUUGGUUCCUGGUACAGGAGGGAGUAAUGUCAACUCAUGAUGAAGAUGCCCGGAAUUUUUUCAAGCACUCCUCUGUCAUCUGUGUGUUGGCGCCUCGUUAUGCCAGCAGUAAGCUUAGCAUUUUCAAGCAAAAGGCAUGAUUUCUCCUCUCUUUUUUUCAGGAUUUUAUUUUUUAUCUUAUGGAAAGUUUUGCCUGUUAUAAAAAAAUUUAUGUGCUUUCUAUUUUACCUGUUAUACGUAUGACCAGUUCUUCUUACAGUGAGUAUUAAUUAAUUUUUUCCGACCUAAUUUAAAUCAUGAGAACAUCACUAUACUUAACCAUCCCUGUCAUCUGCGUCGGAACAGUCAGUCAACUCUGUCGGUUUGAACCAGUAUUUAACUCUCAGUAUCCUAAUCAAUAAUCGCUACUACGCUGCUUCUCACUCAUUUGAAUAAAAAAUGGCUAAAGUUUAGAAGUCAGUACUCUAGUGUCUGUUUAUAAUUCUUUACUUGUAAAAUGAUAUAGCACAUAGCAAUAUUUCAACAAGGAUACCAAAUAUUUCGCUAACCCCUCUUCUCCAUUAUAGCGUAGUCCCACUUCGCCAACCACUGGAGAUAGGAUUACAUGCAGUGGAAGACACAAAAGAGAUGUGAGGAAAUGAAAAAACAAAAAAAGAGGAAUCUGCGGCUGUGUGUGUGUUAUUUGUGUGGACUAUGUGUGAGGGUCUUCUGCAUCUUAUACCUAUUUAAUCGGUGAUGUUAGUAGCGUUUGACUUUAGGUUUCCUGUGUGUGUAACCAAUUACAAGAAUGCUAAGUUGAGGAACCCUUUCCAUUCUCUUGUACUUGGUUCCCCUGCAGUUCUUUCUUACGGUGAACUUUUGUUUCAUUGACUCUCCUGUCUGUUAUUUUUCUAUAUUUCUGACCUCAAAUUGAUGCAUUUUUGUCCUAAGUUCUUGUUUAUUUCUUGAAAUUAACUUGUUAGUUUAUUCUCCACGGAUUGAAACCUUGUCUUCCUCAAAAUUUUAAGCUCAUUAUCCUGUCUCUCUGCUAUUUUGCAUCUAGGUCGUGGGCACCAUAUUUUCACACCACCAGAAAUGUGUGAUUGUGGAUAGCCAAGGUUCUCAAAAUAGUAGAAAGAUUACUGCUUUCAUAGGCGGUCUUGAUCUCCGUGAUGGACGCUAUGAUACACCACAGCACAGAAUAUUUUCUGAUCUCGACACUACCUUUCUCAACGACUUCUAUAAUCCUACAUUUCCUGUAAGCAUCAUUACUCUUAACUUUUCUUGCUCAAUAAAGCUUCUAGAUCAAGGAUAGCAUUCUUAUUGGAUUGACUUUCACUUGAAAUUUUUUCUUAUCAUCUGAGGGUCAACUUAUUCAUGAAUCACAUACUUAUGGUAAUGUUUUCGAUUUUAUCACCUCUGUCGUCGAUGUAUGCGUGCAUGUAGAUAAUCUUUUCUGUAAGGUUAAGGAAAUUCCACGCUCAACUUUAUCCACAAAAAUGAUUGCCUGUGCAUUGUUAAAAGAGCCUGCUUCUUUUAGUUGGUAAAGGUGCAAGGGGCUAAUCCCAUAGCUCUUGUGUAUUUAGUUGACGUUCUCUCAAGAAACAAGAACAUUUAGGGUGUGGAAUGGGAGGAUCUUGUUCAAAGAUUAUUUUACUACCACCUCCCCUCCCCCUUGUUUACGUCCUGGAACUAAAUUGAGUGUUCCGCCAAUUACUCUGAUAUCUGACGCACAUGUAAGUCGGAGGCAUCAGUGAAAGGCAGCAUUCAAGUUAUGAAACAAAAUUUUCUCGAAUGUUAGUAUUGAAGACGAGCUAACAUGAUCAAGGAAAAUAUAGCAUGGAAUUGCUGUAAAAAUACGAGGGUAUAACAUGAAAGUUCCUCUUAAAAUAUUAGGAUCUAAACAGGGUUAUCUACAUAGAUGUCAACAGGUCAGUGCGGCUUCUGCUUGACGAGCUCAAAAAAUAAAACUUCAGACAUAAUCUUUGAGAAGUCUAGGCAACGGCUGGUCAAGCCCUGCCCAGCCCUCGUGGCCAUUUGCCCAAUGGUGGUUUCCAGUGAGACAAAUUCGGUCUGUCAUGAAAGGAGGGGGAACACGUGCCAGAUGGUGGACCUUGGGGUGAUUCCCACUGAGAGGUUGGUGACGGAUGCCUGGGGAAACCAAAGACAGAUAAUGGGGAGUGCUAGAUGGGGGGAAACAGAAGAAGGGAGGAGGGGAUGAUGGAGAGGAGGGACAGCUAAAACAAUAGAGAAUGUACUCAACAGAGGAAAUGGGAAAUAAAGGAUGAUACCAGUUAAAAGGGGACUAAUGGGUGGGAUUGUAUUUGGUGAGAGGGUGCCACCGGUUCUAAGGGUUUCUACUUGGUGAGGGGAGAGGGAAGGAUUGCCACAUGGAUGUUGGAACGCCUACAUGGCAAAGAAAAUGGACUUUGAGAUUGGGCCUAUUUCUUCAUUCCAGAUUUGAUUCUGAGAUUCAAAUCCGAAGAAACUUGUCCAAGUUAGGACAAAGUUGGUCCAUUGACACCCCUUGGCCUAUGUAAAAGGAUGAGCAACCUUAGACAUAGAAACGUUUCCCUAAAAACGAGUACCUGGGGGAUGAUCCUCGUAUGAACAAUACCAUUUUUGUUUGAUUCAGCCUCAGUCCAAGUGAGUGAACUUGGAGCUUAGAAAUAUCUUAAAUUUAGAUAAUAGGAUAUGUAAGAAACAUGCAUCUAAAAUAUAUGCGGUUAUAGGUACUUUUAUGAUAAAAUCAAUUUUAACUAUGUUGGAAUAAAGAGAAGAUAUUAAGGUUACAAUUCGUACCCGCCUUUCUCUCUUGUUUGUGUGUGUCUGUGUUUGUCUGUGUGUUUGUGUGUGCGCAGAGAGAGAGAGAGAGAAAGAGGAGACUGGGCUAUGCACUAUAAGACCUAAUAUGGCCCAAGCUUACAUAUUCUAAAUGACUCACUAACAAGCAAAGCUAGUGGUCUAUUCCGAUUUGCAUAAAAGUUUUAAGUUUGUAGAUGUAAAACGCUUCACAUUUCAGUAUGUUUGAUCACGGUAUAUGUUAUUUAACGCUACAAGUAUUCAUGCUUUUGACCUGCAUAUGUGAGGUUGAUACUUGGACGUGGCUGAGUGAAAUCUUAAAUGCCUAUUCAAACAAAACUAUUUUCUUAGCUGCUUCUGGACCGUUCUUUUUAUUUUUCUAUUUGUUUCAUUGUCUAAUACUUCGAGACCCAGUUGGUUACAGUCUAAUAUUUCUCCAUGUUAUGGUCUGCGCUAGGAAGGUUUUAAUUAAUUGCCCCUUCCAAGUAGAGAUAAAGUUGAGUUGAUCAAAGAAUAAGCAAGUAUGUCCUUUGAAAUGAUGUCCAUGGUAUACCCCAUUUUUAGUAUGCUGUACCACUCAUUAUCGUUAUCAUUGUCUAAGUUUUUCUCCUUUUACUUACUUGGGAUUGGGAUAUGAAGCAACAAGGUUCCCUUUGAUUACUGUGGUCCAUGAAAUCUAUCUGUUGAGAAACGCCUUCCAUUUUUUUCUGUAGGCAGAAAUAAAUGGCCCUAGACAACCAUGGCACGACUUACACUGCAAGGUUGAAGGACCGGCUGCGUAUGAUAUUCUUACAAACUUCGAGCAGCGGUGGCGAAAGUCAACAAAAUGGUAUGAAUUUGGUCAACGUUGGAAAAGAGAAUCUCACUAUAAUGAAGAUGCUUUAAUCAAGCUUGAACGAAUAUCAUGGAUCCUUAGCCCUUCACCGACAGUUCCGAAUAAUGAUUCUUCUCUUUGGGUUUCAAAGGAAGAUGAUCCCGAAAACUGGCAUGUCCAAGUGAGAAGAUUUUAUUCUUCACUUGUAAAUAAUGUUUUUAUUUAAAGUUUAUGAUGUCCAUGCGUUGACAUCUUCUCGAAUCCUUUUGUUCUCAGGUUUUCCGGUCAAUUGACUCUGGCUCUGUGAGGGGGUUUCCCAAAAGUGUUAAAGAGGCUGAAGAACAGGUUAAAAUCUAGAAUAGCCAUGUUACAUGAAUAUAACAUAUGCUAUUUUUUUGUGUUUCGCCCAUGAACAUUUUUGUGUUCAAGCCCUACAGAGUUAAAAAAAAAAAAACUCUUAUAAAAAAAAUAAAUUUGUUAGAGGCUGAUCAUGUCCUGUGCAGCAGAAUAAACUAGUUUUAUACUUUAUUGGAAAUCUUUCCCUACCCUUUCCGGACGGAAUUUCACGCAUUGUUUUUGUCACGCAGAAUCUUGUUUGUGGUAAGAACCUGAAGAUUGAUAAGAGCAUACAUAAAGCAUAUGUCAAGGCAAUCAGAUCAGCAAAACACUUCAUAUAUAUCGAAAAUCAGUAUUUUCUUGGUUCAUCAUAUGCUUGGCCUUCUUAUAGUAAUCCAGGUACUGUUAACCCUCCUACUUCUGUUAUCUGCAGUUUUACUUUCUAUAUUUAAAACUAACAGAACCGUCUUUAAUCGUUGUUGAUUUUUCUCCAUUUAAGUCAAUGCGCGCACAUCAUACAUGAUGAAGAACGUUGAUAUAGAGUUUCAUUGACUUUUCUGGGAAAUUGUGUCAGGUGCCGAUAACUUGAUCCCUAUGGAAUUGGCCUUAAAGAUUGUUAGUAAAAUUAGGGCCAAAGAGAGGUUUGCAGUGUAUAUCGUGAUCCCAAUGUGGCCUGAAGGGGUUCCUACUUCAACUUCUAUGCAGGAAAUUAUUUUCUGGCAGGUAUUAUAGUUUGAUCUUUUGAAUUGAAUUGAGAAUUCUUGUUUGAACGUCGAUGAUAAUGAUGAACUUAUGCUGAAGGUAUCAUAGAUUUAUUAUCAUUUAGUACGGUACGAGAUUAACGAUGAAAUAAGUUGAUAUCACGGUAAUACGGCUUGCUUGAUCCAGGUUUGGACCUGCCAAUCCGACGCCAUGCCAAUUUGACCCUUUUUUUUUUUUAUGUGACUAAUCCAUAGGAGCUCACUUCGUUAUAAUUCCAUUCAGGCAUCCAACCUUUUCUGUUCAUGGAAUGGUAGUCCUAUCAUUGACAUAAUUUUUGACAUACUGAUUUAUGACAGACCUGCAGAGAAAAAAUCAUUCAGGAACAAUUAAACUGCCUAUAUGAACUAUACACUUUGCAUCAUGCUUCACAUUUUGAAGAGACUUGUUUGAUAGUCGAUGGACAACUGCCUAUUUCGGAAUUGUUUUGCAUUCUUGAUAUGUGCUCCUGGUUGAAGAUAAAAGAGAGCAUGAACUAAUUUGUGGAUUCUUUAGCUCAAAAUAUUAAAAGAGCAUCUAAGAAAACUUCCUUGGAAAAAAGCUGAAAUAUUUCUGUCGGGUAAUUUAUGAUGCCGUUGUAGGAAUGAUCCAUCUACUGUUGGUUAACAUAUUUUUCGAAUUAUUGCUUGGUAGAUGUUUGAGAGAGCAAUAUUCAGAUGAUGAGUCGGUAGAGACUCAAACUAAUAAUGUUCAAACUGCCCACGUUUACCUAAAGUCUACGAUGAAUAAGAGUGAAAUUAUUCCAUGGAUAACUUAGUACGAUGAAAUGAUUUUACCCGGAGAUGCCCGUGGUUCACAAGAUGGGUUCGUGCCAGAUCACUUGUUUCUUGCUCAAGAAAGAACGAACUAUACGUCAAAACGUCCUUUUUUACUGAUUCUUUCGUCCGGAACCGUAGAAAUCAUUUGAAGGGGAGAAAAGAAGCGGAGAGAUACAGACCGUGCGGGGAAAGAAAGUUGUCAUUCCGGCAACAAUCGCACCCACACUCCCCAAGAACCGGAAGUUCAAGCAAGGUGAAAACUAUGGGAGUAGAGAGCCCCUCGUCCAAGGACAAAAAGACUGCACAGUAAAGACAACAGGGUAAACGGAAGAAGAAAGAACCACAUGCACCAUUAAGUUCCAUCAGAAAGAACCUUUUUUUCCUGCAGAAACGUUAGAAAGAUGUUUGAUAAACCCAUCUAUUGAUAAUGUAUCUCUUGCCUAAUCUCCAGGUUUUGCAAAUAUACACAGUCAAGCAUAUAAAACCCAAGUGCUCUGCCCUCGAUGUAGCACUAAGACUUGCACUCUAGGACUCCAAUGUUGUUGUUUCACGCGUAAUCUCAUUUACCUGCACAAUGUCGGCUUGUGGAAUCUUCUCCCUCCAUAUUACUGUGACUGUGUGCCUGAAAAAUGGGAAAAAGAUAAUUUUGAAAGUUUUCUUUCGGUAUAUUUGUGCCAAACCGGAGUUAUAUAAAACUCGAGAAUUUCAAAGUGACAAGAUCAUAGCUUUAUCAUAUACUGUUUCUAUUAUGCUUUAUUCGAUCGUUUUUUUCCUUCAGUAUCAGCAUUGGGUAAAUUUUGUGCUUCCCUUGCAGGGCCAGACUAUGCAGAUGAUGUAUAGACUCAUUGGACAGGAGCUUAAAUCCAUGAACAUUGAGGAUCAACAUCCACAGGAUUACCUUAAUUUUUACUGUCUCGGGAAUCAGGAGCCAGGAGAAACAGCGAACCAAGGUUCAGAGAAAAGUGUUGCGGUACUACUCGUCAACCUUGGUCUUUGCUAAAUUGGAUGGCAUGCCACAUAUUUUUGCACGACAGCCUGUGUGCUUAAUGCUAAACCACUGUGUCACCUGACCCAUUUCAGGGAAAGUAGCUACUGUAUCAUAUUCACACCCAAUCCCGUCUCUGUCAUUUGCUCUGAUAAAUUUCCAAAUAACUCCAGGGAUAGCAGUAUUCGAUGAUGGCUAUCAUAACAUACUGACACUCUCUUUAUGUGGAUGGCAGAGAUACUUUUGGUAAGCUCUAGGAUCAGAAAAAUGACCUUAACAGCAGCGGAUGUAGUGUUUGGAAUGGAAAGUUUGUUCUGUUGAAAAAUUCCUUAAAUGACCCCAUCAGGUUCUUCAAUUAUCAUACCUUUCCAGGGAUGACCUCCAAAAGAUUUAAUUUCUGUAUAUUCUAUGGCAAAUGACAAAUGAAUCAUCGAUUAAAGAGUGUUGAUCCAAAUAUGGCGCGGUAUUUUUUCACUUGCCGCAAUUAUAAGGUGUAAAUUUAAUCAUCUAGCUGGAGAUAACGGAGCAGGUUCUUCUUGACUACUCUUUCAGGGCUUAUGUCAGAAGAACAGGCGUUUCAUGAUUUACGUUCAUGCAAAAGGGAUGAUAGUAGAUGAUGAGUAUGUGAUCAUGGGAUCUGCAAACAUCAACCAGAGAUCCAUGGAUGGCUCCAGAGACACCGAGAUCGCCAUGGGAGCAUAUCAGCCCCACCAUACAUGGUCUCAAAAGAGUAGCCAUCCACAUGGGCAGGUCGGCACUUCUAUCCAUCUUUCCUGUAGCGAUUGUCAUUAUUUUCUUUUGCCGUUAUUAAUUAGCAUAGUUAUAUCACCUACAUAUGACGUAUUAGGGCUCCUGCAGUGUGUUUUUCUGCAUUCUUUCGGGCAAGCUUGUUGUUCUUCUGUUUCCUUCACUGUCGGGUUCUCUUACAACCUGCCUCGUCCUCCUCCUCCUCCUCCAUUACAUCAUUUUCCACGCUGACCCUUCAAUCUCUUCUGCCCCUCCUCUCUCAUCCCUGCCUCAAAAGGUCAUCUUUCUUCUUCCUCUCGUCACCCAAUCGCAUUUCCCUUCAAUUCCCAUUUAGGGUUCCGAGGGAAAAGAAGCCUCGCUGCACUUGCUCUCUGUCAUUCUACAAGGAAGAUUCAUUAUUUUAUGGCUGCAAUCGAUCCGCCCGCAGGUGUACGGGUACCGGAUGUCUCUUUGGGCAGAGCACCUGGGGGCGGUGCACGACUUCUCCAAGGAGCCCCACUCGUUGGACUGCGUCAGAAAGGUCAACGAGGUAGCAAGAAGCAACUGGGCGAACUACGCUUCGGAGGAAAUGAUCCCAUUGCAGGGGCACCUCCUUUCCUUCCCAAUCCUGGUCGACAAGGACGGAAAGGUGGAGCCCAUCCCCGGUCAGGAGGAGUUCCCAGACGUCGGCGGGAAGGUCCUGGGGGCGCCCUCUUCCCUUCCCGAUUCAUUGACCAUGUAA